AUGCCGGCCGGAAAUCGUCCAGCAAAGCGUGUGUUGAAUCGUUGGUGCGAUGAUUUGGAUAAAGGUGUCCUGCUUUGCAUCCAGUACUCAUGUGCGGAAGCUGGCCUGAAGAUCCCAUGGGGUCGAGUAGCCGCUCUCAUGGGACCCACCUUUACUGAAGGCUCCAUCGUUCAACAUUUGGCGAAGCUUCGACUCCUCAUGAUUCGGGCUGGUAUUCCUGUUCCACCGGCUGUCAAGCGUGGCAUGGUGACCAAGGAACCGUCAAAAAUCUAUACCACCACGGCCAACAAUGUCAAACUCGAGGAAGUUCCUCCCAUGUUCCCCGAUGCUCGCAACGUCAAAGAGGAGGGCGAUGGUGAAGACAAGGGCUCAAUAUAUGACAAGCCAAAGCGUGUUCGCGUGAAGAAGGAGGUUCCUGCUGUGACAGAGGCAGAAGGGACACCGAUCAAGAAGGAGCUCAAGCCGAAGGGAAAAGGCAAAGGAAAGGCCAAAGGUCGUCGUCAGUACACAAAUGACGAAGACGAUAAUGAGCCUAUGCCAGAUCUUUAUGAUUCCGACGACGAAUACCCUGCACCGCGGAAGCGACGCAACAACAACAGCAAGUCAAAGAUGAGAGAGGCCUUCGCUGAAGCUUCGAUGGCUACACCUCAAGAAGCAACACCUUCCUUCGUCUCUCCAGCCAUUCCGGAAAAGCCCAAUACGAACAAGGAUGUGGCCAUCAAAGUUGAGGAAGAAGAGCUCACUGGUCCACCUCGUCGCACUCGCGGCAUCAAACGUGACUAUUCCGUCAUGGUCGGCGGGUCUGAAGAUGAGGCUGAGGUUGAUGAAGAAGUUCUUCCACCGUAUAUGGAGGAAGACUUCAAAGACACCCACGGAAACAUUGACAGUAAUGACGGGGACGAGAACGCUCAAAGUGGUAGCAUCGAUGAUGAUAUGGAUGAUGCCUCAAGCGAGGUGUCAGCUGUCGCCCUCCCUCAUCAGCAAGCAUUUUAUAGCAACGGCACCCAUGUGGCUGAUCAGCCAUAUGGUCAAGCCAUCCCCACUUUUGAUAUCCGCUCUGACAUGGCCACAUGCCCGGCUUUCAAUACUCCAAGCGCUGGAGGAUACGGCCUGCAUGGUCAUAUGGGUGUUGGUACCGCCGAUUGCUAUUCAGUUCCCGAGCUUGGUUAUUCUGAUGCUGCUGUUAUGAGCACAAUGACACAAGCAUACACAACGUCGCAACCUCGAAGAUUGAGUUUGUAUCACUCAUCCGCCGAUUCAACCCGAAACAACUCGAUCGUCGCCAAUAUGAUGUACCAAACCCUGCCAUCGAUGUCUGAUGGCGAGUUCUUGACUGCACAUACCGGCUUUGGGCAUACCACGGGAGACGUGAUCAAUGAGGCGGACAUGAUGAACAGCACGGCAAACGACGACAUCUUCUUCGGCGACAGCGGGUUUCUCGUUGAUGAUGCUUGA